UUGAGGCGAGCGAAUGAGUGCGGGCUGAAGUGCGCUUGUGUUUGGAGAUAUUCAGACGGGCAGUCACGGCGCUGAAGCUGUUCAUAUCAUGUGUUGUCAUGUGGCUUUUAUGCUUCUCUAACGCGUCUUAGCUUGAUAUCCAACGGGAUUCCCAGCACUAUAAUAGAGAAGAAGAAGCACACCGCGCUCAGGUGUUCAGAGAGAUAAGGACUGGACCUCACUAUACCUGCAGGACCUGGGACAUACGAACAUAAACCAGAACUCAGACAUUUCCUGGAUUCACUCUUUGAAUUGAGCUCAAAGUUCCUUCUGGACAGUUUGGAGCAAAGCAGUGACCUCUUCAAGUGUGUCUUUCUGAAUUCAACAUGCUGUUGGGCAGUCUAUGGUCAGUCCAGGUUCUCCUGGCUCUAUCUGUUCCAACAAUGGGUUCGGACGGUGAACCUCAGAACGCCCCUCGGGUCUUUUUGUCCUUCAAAGAUCUGAGGUCUACAGGUACAUCCCAUCACUUCUCUUUCCUGUUGAACACAUCAGACUAUCGCAUCCUGCGCAUGGAUGAGGAUCACGACCGCAUGUAUGUGGGCAGCAAAGACUACAUCCUGUCUCUGGACCUCCAUGACAUCAACCGAGAACCUCUCAUAAUACACUGGCCUGUUUCCCCACAUAGGAAAACGGAGUGUGUUUUAAGUGGCAAAGACACAAACGGCGAGUGCGGUAAUUUCAUUCGUCUGAUUGAGCCAUGGAACAGGACACACUUGUACGUGUGCGGGACGGGCGCCUACAACCCAGUGUGCACUUAUGUCAACAGAGGACGCAAGCCUAUGACUGCCAUGCAUCUCCAGAUGCCCCAGACCAGAGGAAGAUCUAGUCGUGCAGCUGAACCUGAAACAGUGUUUGAUGAGACAGGACUACAGGAAUAUAUCUUCCAUCUGGAGCCCGGCAAGGAGGAUUCUGGGAAGGGAAAGUGCCCAUAUGAUCCAAAACUGAACAGUGUCUCAGCUUUGAUUAAUGGAGAAUUGUACGCAGGGGUGUAUAUUGAUUUCAUGGGGACAGACUCUGCUAUUUUCCGAACUUUGGGGAAAAACACAAUCAUGCGUACUGACCAAUACAACUCAAGAUGGCUGAAUGACCCCUCAUUUGUCCAUGUGCACCUUAUCCCUGACAGCAAUGAAAAAAACGAUGACAAACUCUAUUUUUUCUUCCGCGAGAAGUCUUCUGAGAUGGGCCAGAGCCCCAAAUCACAGUCACGCAUCAGCCGAAUCUGCCUGAACGAUGAUGGCGGUCACUGCUGCUUGGUCAACAAGUGGAGCACCUUCCUGAAAGCCCGUCUCAUCUGCUCAGUCCCAGGAGCUGAUGGGAUUGAAACACAUUUCGACGAGCUCAGGGAUGUGUACAUACAGCCUACGCAGGACACUAAAAAUCCCGUCAUCUAUGGGGUCUUCUCUGUGUCUGGCUCUGUAUUCAAAGGCUCAGCGGUCUGCGUCUACUCAAUGGCGGACAUUCGGAUGGUGUUCAAUGGACCUUUUGCUCACAAAGAAGGUCCCAAUUAUCAGUGGGUGGCCUACACUGGAAAAAUCCCCUACCCUCGUCCAGGAACAUGUCCUGGUGGGACUUUCACCCCCAACAUGAAGUCCACGAAAGACUACCCUGACGAGGUCAUCAACUUCAUGCGGAACCAUCCCACCAUGUACAAUACUGUGUAUCCGGUGCACAAGCGCCCCCUGGUGGUCAGGACCAACGUAGACUAUGAGUUCACCACCAUCACUGUGGACCAGGUGACUGCAGCCGACGGCAACUACGAAGUGCUCUUCCUGGGUACAGACAGAGGUAAAGUACAGAAGGUGAUCGUCCUGCCCAGAGAUGACCUCCAGACAGAGGAACUAGUGCUGGAGGAAGUGGAGGUCUUUCAGGUCCCUACUUCCAUCACAACUAUGAAGAUUUCUUCAAAACGGCAACAACUAUAUGUAGCAUCAGCGGUUGGUGUGACUCAUCUGGCCCUGCACAGGUGUGACGUCUAUGGCGAGGUCUGCGCAGACUGCUGUUUGGCCCGGGACCCUUAUUGUGCGUGGGACGGCAAGUCCUGCUCUCGGUACUCUGCCUCACCGAAGAGACGCAGUCGGCGACAGGAUGUGAAAUACGGAAAUCCCAUACGGCAGUGCCGAGGGUACAAUUCCAACACUAAUAAGAACACUCUGGAGACGGUGCAGUAUGGGGUAGAGGGCAGCAGCACGUUUUUGGAGUGCCAGGCCAGAUCACCCCACGCUGCCAUUAAAUGGCAUCUCCACCGGGACAACAGCGAUAGAAGGAGAGAGGUCCGUACCGAUGGGCGCGUGUUGAAGACCGAUCAAGGCUUACUACUGCGUUCCCUCCAGUCCUCAGACUCUGGCAUCUACGUCUGCACAGCCACAGAGAAGAACUUCAGGCACACCUUGGUCAAACUUCAGCUGGUGGUCUUGACCAACCAGGCCGUCAACAACAUCCUGGUGGAAACGGGCCGUCCGGCGGCUUCUUCGCUCCAAUCCAGCACCUGGACCCCCAGUGCCGGACAAUACAAAGACCUUCUGACUAUCCUCAGUCAGCCUGAGAUGGGCCUCAUAAACCAGUACUGCCAGGACUAUUGGCAGUACGGAGACCCGCUGACGGGGGUCAUCAAGGCCCAAGACCUCAAAGAGCUGAAGGAACAGAAGAAACCGCGGAAUCGCAGACAUCACGGGGAUGAAGAGGAGACAUGAGGGGGUUUCCGCCCCCUGGUCCUAUAGGAAAAACUUCUAAAAGAGUAAAACCUGGGGGAAAAAAAGAACAACUUCCAUCAAACGAAACAGAACUUUGCAAGCAACAAACGGAAUUCCCUUUUAACAGAUAGAGAUGAUAUCGUACACAGUA